AUGACUUCCCCGCAAGAUGAAGCUCCCUCAAAGCUUCGUGACACUCUUCGAAGUAUGAAUUUUAAACUUGCGGACUCCUCACCGGAAUACAUUCAGCGCAGAAAGAAGCAGAUGGUGCUAUUUAUGACUGCAGCAGCAGCUACUAUCUUCACCUCUAGGUUUGCUUACAAGUCGACCAUUACAAGACAAUAUGUUCCAACGUUAUUUCAGGGAAAUCAUCUGCCUCCUCUCAGCUAUAACUUUACCCAGGAUGCCACUGUUGCGGUUGGAACUGGUACUAUGUUAUGCGCUUCUGUGUCUUCGAUGUUAAUCUUUGGCACAUGCUGGAUCAUGGAUGUUUCCUCAUUUGAAGAGUUUGGCUGGAGAAUGAAGUCAGCACUUGGUGGCGUGAGGCGUCAAAUGGAGUUGGCUAAGACUCCGGUUGACGAAGAAUCAGCAACCAUACAAGAUGGCUUAAACGAUAUAUUGGAGGGCAAAUUCGAGCCCAAUUUUGAUGACGAAGCAAGGAAGCAAUGA